AGACGUCAAGUCUUCAAGAAGUGUCAAGUGUCAAGUUCAGCAGCAUCCAUUUUACUUUGUGACAAAAGAAGUAAAAUUAAAAAUAAUUGCUGUUUUAAUAAUUUGUUUAAAUCUUUCUAACAAAUAAAAUAAACAAACAAAUUUUUCAACAUGGCUAUGUCCAAAACCACCAACACUUACAACAGACAAAACUGGGAGGACUCGGAAUUCCCAAUUCUUUGCCAGACGUGUUUGGGUGAUAAUCCAUACGUUCGCAUGAUAAAAGAGAAAUUCGGAAAAGAAUGUAAGAUUUGCACGCGUCCCUUCACUAUAUUCCGUUGGUGUCCUGGUGCACGGAUGCGCUUCAAGAAAACUGAGAUUUGCCAGACUUGUGCGCGUCUUAAAAAUGUUUGCCAAACCUGCCUUCUUGACUUGGAGUACGGCCUACCCAUACAAGUUCGAGACGCUGCUCUCAAGAUCGUCGAUCAGAUGCCACAGAGUGACGUGAAUAAAGAAUAUUACAUUCAGAAUAUUGACAAGGAGCUUGCAGACACAGAUGGCACCGAAGCCGCAGGAGCAGUUGGCAAAGGCUUGGCCGCCAACGAGAUGCUUUCGAAGUUGGCACGCACAGCUCCUUAUUACAAACGGAAUAGGCCCCAUAUUUGCUCGUUUUGGGUUAAGGGUGAGUGCAAACGUGGCGAAGAGUGUCCCUAUCGUCACGACAAGCCCAACGAGCCAGAUGACCCUCUAUGCGAGCAAAACAUCAAAGACCGCUACUAUGGCCGUAACGAUCCAGUGGCAGAAAAGAUCAUGAAGAGAGCAGCAACACUUCCAACGCUUGAACCCCCAGAGGAUAAGAACAUCACCACUCUCUAUGUGGGCAAUCUGAGUGAGGACAUCACUGAGCCGCAGAUUCGCGAUAACUUCUAUCAGUUCGGUGAGAUUCGCUCUGUUGCGCUGGUCCCAAGGCAACAGUGUGCCUUUAUUCAGUACACAAAACGUUCAUCUGCGGAAAUGGCCGCCGAGAAGACCUUCAACAAGCUUGUGAUGCACGGCAGGAAGGUUUCUAUCAAAUGGGCCCACUCGCAGGCAAAGCAGAACAACAUGGCCAAAACAGACCGCCGUUACGACAUUCCGGCUAUACCCCCAGUAGCUCAAGCUAAUCCGAACGACUUUUUCAACUUACAGCAAGAGGUGACCGUACUUCCGCCUGGUAUGAAGCUCCACCAAAUACCCCCAAGUCUUAUACCUCAGUCAUCCUUCCAGAUGUAUUCUCAAGCCGCGGCGUUCGCCGCCCCUUACUCAUCAAUACCUGUCCCUUCAACGAGUUCAUCUGCUCUUGAGUCUAUUCCACCACCACCAGGUGCUCCGAUGCAUUAUCCCAGCCAGGACCCAUCACGACUGGGAGCCGUAAAAAAAUAAAUGUAAUCGCAAUUAUAGAAGAAACAAAAAUAAAAGAAACACAAUUUUUUUCGACUA